CGGUGGCGGUGGCGGAGGCGGCCCGGAGCGCUGUGUCGGCCCCGGCGCGGCCGAAGUCGCGGUAGAGCGGAGCCCCCACGCCCCUCCCCCGUCCGCGCCCUCCCUCUUCCCGCGGGGAUGGAGAAGGCGACGGUUCCGGCGGCGGCUGAGGGAGAAGGGAGCCCCCCGGCGGCGGCGGCAGUGGCGGCCCCCCCCGCGGCGGCGGCGGCGGAGGUCGGCGGCAGCGGCGGCGGCGGCGGCGGCGGGGCUCGCCCGGCCUCGUCUCCUCGUGGGAUGGUGCGGGUCUGCGACCUGCUCCUCAAGAAGAAACCACUGCAGCAGCAGCACCACAAGGCCAAGCGGAACCGGACUUGCCGACCCCCCAGCAGCAGCGAGAGCAGCAGCGACAGCGACAACAGCGGCGGCGGCGGCGGAGGAGGCGGCGGCGGCACCAGCAGCAACAACAGCGAGGAAGAAGAGGACGACGACGACGAGGAAGAGGAGGUUUCUGAGGUGGAGUCUUUCAUUUUGGACCAGGAUGAUUUGGAGAAUCCAAUGCUGGAAACAGCUUCCAAGUUGCUUUUAUCAGGCACUGCUGAUGGUGCAGACCUCAGGACAGUAGAUCCAGAGACACAGGCUAGAUUGGAAGCUUUACUAGAAGCUGCAGGAAUAGGCAAAUUAUCCACGGCUGAUGGUAAAGCCUUUGCAGACCCUGAAGUGCUCCGGAGGUUGACAUCAUCUGUCAGCUGUGCGUUGGAUGAAGCUGCUGCUGCACUUACACGAAUGAGAGCUGAAAGCACAGCAAAUGCAGGGCAGUCGGACAACCGCAGUUUAGCAGAGGCCUGUUCAGAAGGAGAUGUAAAUGCUGUGCGGAAAUUACUCAUUGAAGGUCGAAGUGUAAAUGAACACACCGAGGAAGGGGAGAGCCUCCUUUGUUUAGCCUGUUCUGCUGGAUACUAUGAGCUUGCACAGGUUUUGUUGGCCAUGCAUGCAAACGUGGAAGACAGGGGAAUCAAAGGUGACAUUACACCUUUAAUGGCUGCUGCUAAUGGAGGACAUGUCAAAAUCGUGAAGUUGCUGCUAGCUCAUAAAGCUGAUGUCAAUGCACAGUCUUCAACAGGCAACACAGCCCUUACUUACGCUUGUGCUGGAGGCUAUGUAGAUGUUGUAAAGGUGCUCUUGGAAUCCGGUGCUAGUAUUGAGGACCAUAAUGAAAAUGGUCAUACUCCUCUUAUGGAAGCUGGAAGUGCUGGACAUGUGGAAGUGGCCAGGUUGCUGCUAGAAAAUGGAGCUGGCAUCAAUACCCAUUCCAAUGAAUUUAAAGAAAGUGCCCUCACAUUAGCUUGUUAUAAAGGACAUCUAGAGAUGGUACGGUUUCUUUUGGAAGCAGGCGCUGAUCAAGAGCAUAAAACAGAUGAAAUGCACACUGCUCUAAUGGAGGCUUGCAUGGAUGGCCAUGUUGAAGUAGCUAGGUUGCUUUUGGACAGUGGUGCUCAAGUGAACAUGCCAGCUGAUUCAUUUGAGUCUCCAUUGACUUUGGCUGCAUGUGGGGGACAUGUGGAACUUGCAGCCUUGCUUAUUGAAAGAGGAGCUAGCCUGGAAGAGGUCAAUGAUGAAGGUUAUACACCUUUGAUGGAAGCAGCCCGUGAAGGACAUGAAGAAAUGGUGGCAUUACUUCUAGGCCAAGGAGCAAAUAUCAAUGCACAGACAGAAGAAACUCAAGAAACUGCCUUGACCCUGGCUUGCUGUGGAGGUUUUCUAGAAGUGGCAGAUUUUCUCAUUAAGGCUGGAGCUGAUAUAGAACUCGGCUGUUCUACUCCUCUAAUGGAAGCUGCUCAAGAGGGCCACCUGGAGUUAGUUAAAUACCUACUAGCUGCAGGAGCUAAUGUUCAUGCCACGACAGCAACAGGAGACACAGCUUUAACAUACGCCUGUGAAAAUGGCCAUACUGAUGUAGCGGACGUCUUACUUCAGGCAGGUGCAGAUCUGGAACAUGAAUCUGAAGGUGGAAGAACUCCUUUAAUGAAAGCUGCAAGAGCUGGUCAUGUUUGCACAGUUCAGUUCUUAAUUAGUAAAGGAGCAAAUGUGAAUCGAACCACAGCUAAUAAUGACCAUACUGUACUGUCCCUGGCUUGUGCGGGGGGUCAUCUGGCAGUAGUGGAACUGCUUUUGGCUCAUGGGGCAGACCCUACUCACCGUUUAAAAGAUGGCUCAACCAUGUUGAUAGAAGCAGCCAAAGGUGGCCAUACAAGUGUUGUUUGCUAUCUUUUAGACUAUCCUAAUAAUCUACUUUCAGCCCCUCCACCAGAUGUCACUCAGCUAACACCCCCAUCCCAUGAUUUAAAUAGGGCACCUCGUGUACCAGUUCAAGCACUGCCCAUGGUUGUCCCACCUCAAGAGCCCGACAAACCACCUGCCAAUGUUGCUACCACUCUUCCCGUUAGGAAUAAAGCUGCUUCUAAACAAAAGUCCAACAGCCAUUUGCCAGCAAACAGCCAGGAUGUACAGGGUUACAUCACCAAUCAGUCUCCAGAGAGCAUUGUAGAAGAGGCUCAGGGAAAGUUAACAGAACUGGAACAGAGGAUAAAAGAAGCCAUAGAAAAAAAUGCACAGCUGCAGUCCUUGGAGCUGGCUCAUGCUGACCAACUUACCAAGGAGAAGAUCGAGGAGCUGAACAAAACGAGGGAAGAACAAAUUCAGAAGAAACAAAAGAUUCUGGAGGAGCUGCAGAAAGUAGAAAGAGAAUUACAACUGAAAACUCAGCAGCAGCUAAAAAAACAGUAUCUAGAAGUUAAAGCUCAAAGAAUUCAACUUCAGCAGCAGCAGCAGCAGUCUUGCCAACACCUGGGACUACUUACUCCUGUUGGGGUUGGAGAGCAGCUUUCGGAGGGAGACUAUGCACGGUUACAGCAAGUGGAUCCUGUUUUGCUUAAAGAUGAACCCCAGCAAACUGCUGCUCAAAUGGGUUUUGCACCAAUCCAGCCUCUGGCGAUGCCUCAAGCUUUGCCUCUGGCAGCGGGUCCCUUGCCUCCAGGGUCCAUCGCAAAUCUUACAGAACUUCAAGGAGUGAUAGUUGGACAGCCAGUACUGGGCCAAGCACAGUUGGCAGGGCUGGGGCAAGGAAUUCUCACUGAAACACAACAAGGGUUAAUGGUAGCCAGCCCUGCUCAGACCCUCAAUGACACGCUGGAUGACAUCAUGGCAGCAGUCAGUGGAAGAGCAUCUGCAAUGUCAAACACUCCUACCCACAGUAUCGCUGCUUCUAUUUCCCAACCUCAGACUCCAACUCCAAGUCCCAUCAUCUCUCCUUCAGCCAUGCUACCUAUCUACCCUGCCAUUGAUAUUGAUGCACAGACUGAGAGUAAUCAUGAUACUGCACUGACGCUUGCCUGUGCUGGUGGCCAUGAGGAACUGGUACAAACACUACUCGAAAGAGGAGCUAGUAUUGAACACCGAGACAAGAAAGGUUUUACUCCACUCAUCUUGGCUGCUACAGCUGGUCAUGUUGGUGUUGUAGAAAUAUUGCUGGAUAAUGGUGCAGACAUUGAAGCCCAAUCAGAAAGAACCAAGGACACACCACUGUCCUUGGCUUGUUCAGGGGGCAGACAGGAGGUGGUGGAAUUGUUGUUAGCUCGGGGCGCAAAUAAAGAACACAGGAAUGUUUCUGAUUACACACCUCUGAGCCUGGCUGCUUCUGGUGGCUAUGUGAACAUCAUCAAAAUACUGCUAAAUGCAGGCGCCGAGAUCAAUUCCAGAACUGGUAGCAAGUUGGGCAUUUCUCCACUGAUGUUAGCAGCUAUGAAUGGGCAUACAGCUGCGGUUAAGCUCCUCUUAGAUAUGGGCUCCGACAUAAACGCUCAGAUAGAAACCAAUCGUAACACUGCCCUUACGUUAGCCUGCUUCCAAGGAAGAACUGAAGUGGUUAGUCUCCUGCUUGAUAGAAAAGCAAAUGUUGAACACAGAGCUAAGACUGGCCUCACACCACUGAUGGAAGCGGCCUCUGGAGGAUAUGCAGAAGUGGGCCGAGUUCUUUUGGAUAAAGGUGCUGAUGUUAAUGCCCCUCCAGUGCCCUCCUCAAGAGAUACAGCUUUAACCAUAGCUGCAGAUAAAGGGCACUAUAAAUUUUGUGAACUUCUCAUUGGCAGGGGAGCUCAUAUUGAUGUGCGGAACAAGAAGGGAAACACUCCACUGUGGCUCGCAGCAAAUGGUGGACACCUAGAUGUGGUUCAGCUACUGGUGCAAGCAGGUGCAGAUGUAGACGCAGCAGAUAACCGCAAGAUAACACCUCUCAUGGCUGCAUUUAGAAAGGGUCAUGUGAAGGUGGUACGCUACUUGGUCAAAGAAGUCAAUCAGUUUCCAUCAGACUCUGAAUGCAUGCGGUAUAUAGCAACCAUCACGGAUAAGGAGAUGCUAAAGAAGUGUCAUCUUUGUAUGGAGUCAAUAGUACAAGCCAAAGACAGACAGGCUGCUGAAGCAAAUAAGAAUGCCAGCAUACUACUGGAGGAGCUAGACCUGGAGAAGUUAAGGGAAGAAAGUCGAAGGCUGGCUUUGGCUGCCAAAAGAGAAAAACGAAAAGAGAAGAGAAGGAAGAAAAAGGAAGAACAAAGAAGAAAAUUAGAAGAAAUUGAAGCCAAAAAUAAGGAGAACUUUGAACUCCAAGCUGCCCAAGAAAAAGAAAAACUUAAAGUUGAAGAAGAACCUGAAGUCUUGACAGAGCCUCCAAGUGCCACUACCACCACCACCAUAGGAAUAUCUGCUACCUGGACUACUUUGGCAGGUUCCCAUGGUAAAAGAAAUAAUACCAUAACUACAACCAGUUCAAAGAGGAAAAACAGGAAAAAUAAAAUUACUCCAGAAAAUGUUCAAAUUAUAUUUGAUGAGCCACUACCAAUUUCAUACAGUCAGCCAGAGAAGGUGAAUGGAGAAUCCAAGAGCAGCAGUACCAGCGAGAGUGGGGACAGUGACAAUAUGAGGAUUUCCAGCUGCAGUGAUGAAAGUAGUAACAGCAACAGCAGCAGGAAGAGUGACAAUCAUUCCCCAGCUGUGGUCACUACCACUGUGACCAGCAAGAAGCAGCCUUCUGUUCUGGUUACAUUUCCAAAAGAGGAGCGAAAAUCCGUUUCUGGCAAGACUUCCAUAAAAUUGUCAGAGACUGUCAAUGAAGGGACCAGUAACUCUCUGUCAACUUGUACAAAGUCUGGUCCAUCUCCUCUUUCUUCUCCAAAUGGGAAGUUAACAGUAGCAAGUCCUAAGCGUGGGCAAAAGAGGGAAGAAGGAUGGAAGGAGGUUGUAAGGAGGUCAAAGAAAGUAUCUGUUCCAUCAACUGUGAUAUCUAGAGUGAUUGGAAGAGGUGGCUGUAAUAUCAAUGCCAUUCGGGAAUUUACUGGUGCACACAUAGAUAUUGAUAAGCAGAAGGACAAGACUGGAGACCGGAUAAUAACUAUAAGGGGUGGCACUGAAUCAACAAGACAAGCAACUCAGUUGAUCAAUGCUUUGAUCAAGGAUCCAGACAAAGAGAUUGAUGAACUUAUUCCAAAGAAUCGUUUGAAAAGCUCCUCAGCAAAUUCCAAAAUAGGGUCCUCAGCACCUACCACCACUGCUGCUAAUAGUUCCUUAAUGGGAAUAAAAAUGACGACUGUAGCUCUGUCAUCAACAUCUCAAACUGCCACAGCGCUCACUGUGCCUGCGAUCUCUUCUGCAUCUACUCACAAAACCAUAAAGAACCCCGUGAAUAAUGUGAGGCCUGGUUUUCCAGUCUCCCUUCCAUUAGCGUACCCUCCUCCACAGUUUGCACAUGCUUUGCUUGCUGCUCAGACUUUCCAGCAGAUCCGUCCACCAAGGUUGCCCAUGACCCACUUUGGAGGUACUUUUCCACCAGCUCAAUCCACUUGGGGUCCUUUUCCUGUCAGGCCUUUGAGCCCUGCCAGAGCUACUAACUCGCCUAAGCCUCACAUGGUGCCUCGCCAUAGCAAUCAGAAUAGCAGUGGUUCUCAGGUGAAUCCCGCAGGUUCUUUAACUUCAAGUCCAACAACUACAACCAGUUCAUCAGCUUCAGCGGUGCCUGGUACAUCUUCAAAUGGCAGUCCAAGUUCUCCUUCAGUCAGAAGGCAGCUUUUUGUCACAGUUGUGAAGACAUCUAAUGCCACAACUACAACAGUCACAACUACAGCAAGCAACAACAGCACUGCACCCACAAACGCCACAUAUCCUAUGCCUACUGCCAAAGAACACUACCCAGUAUCCUCCCCAUCUUCCCCAUCACCACCAGCCCAGCCAGGAGGGGUUUCUAGGAAUAGCCCUUUGAAUUGUGGAGCAGCAUCCCCAAAUAAAGGGGCAUCUACUUCCGAACAGGAAGCAAGUAGUCCGCCAGUAGUAGAAACCUCCAAUAGGCCCCCACACAGCAGCAGUUCUUCUGGGAGCUCAUCAGGUCAUUCCACGCAGCAGCAACCUCCGGGAUCUGUUUCUCAGGAGCCAAGACCCCCUCUUCAGCAGUCUCAGGUUCCUUCCCCGGAUGUGAGAAUGACUGUUCCUCCUACAGCAACAAGUUCUGCUCCAGUGGCGGUGCCUUCUACUGCGCCUGUGACGUACCCUAUGCCUCAAACACAGAUGGGAUGUUCCCAGCCUCCUAAAAUGGAAACCCCUGCUCUUAGACCACCUUCUCAUGGCACAGCUGCCCCUCACAAGAAUCCAGCUCCAGUGCAGAAUUCAUCUGUUGCAGUCCUCAAUGUUAAUCACAUUAAAAGACCUCAUAGUGUUCCCUCUUCUGUCCAGCUACCUUCGACCUUAAGUACACAAAGUGCUUGUCAGAAUUCAGUACAUCCAGCAAAUAAGCCUGUUGCUCCCAACUUCAGUGCUCCUUUACCAUUUGGGCCCUUUAGCACAUUGUUUGAAAACAACCCUACAAAUGCUCAUGCCUUCUGGGGAGGAUCUGUUGUUUCAUCUCAGUCAACACCAGAAUCCAUGCUGUCUGGAAAGUCUUCGUAUUUGCCAAAUUCAGAUCCUUUACAUCAAUCUGAUACUUCCAAAGCACCAGGUUUUAGGCCGCCAUUACAGAGACCUGCUCCAAGUCCCUCAGGUAUUGUCAACAUGGACCCACCAUAUGGUUCUGUAACACCUUCUUCUACACAUUUGGGAAACUUUGCCUCAAGUCUUUCGGGAGGUCAAAUGUAUGGGCCUGGAGCACCUCUUGGAGGAGCACCUGCAGCUGCUAACUUUAACAGACAGCAUUUUUCCCCACUUAGUUUGUUGACUCCAUGUUCAUCAGCAUCAAAUGAGUCUCCUGCACAGUCGGUAUCCUCUGGCGUUCGUGCACCGUCUCCUGCCUCAUCAUCAGUACCUUUAGGGUCCGAAAAGCCCAGCAAUGUCUCUCAGGACAGGAAAGUUCCGGUCCCUAUUGGGACUGAACGUUCUGCACGUAUCAGGCAAACUGGAACUUCUGCUCCAUCUGUUAUAGGGAGUAAUUUGUCUACAUCAGUAGGACAUAGUGGCAUCUGGUCCUUUGAAGGGAUUGGUGGCAAUCAAGACAAAGUAGACUGGUGUAACCCUGGGAUGGGAAAUCCCAUGAUUCACAGGCCAAUGUCUGACCCAGGAGUGUUUUCACAGCAUCAAGCAAUGGAGCGAGAUAGUACAGGAAUUGUAACUCCUUCUGGUACAUUCCAUCAGCAUGUUCCUGCAGGAUACAUGGACUUUCCUAAAGUUGGGGGUAUGCCUUUUUCUGUGUAUGGGAAUGCAAUGAUUCCUCCAGUAGCACCUCUCCCUGAUGGUACUGGAGGACCCAUAUUUAAUGGCCCUCAUGCUGCAGACCCUUCUUGGAAUUCACUGAUAAAGAUGGUUUCAAGUUCCACAGAAAAUAAUGGUCCUCAAACGGUGUGGACCGGACCCUGGGCACCUCACAUGAACAGUGUACACAUGAACCAGCUUGGCUGAUGAGGAUAAGCCUGUUAGCCUGCAGAUUCCUUUCAUUCAGAGGAAAUCACAAGUGGCCGAGAAACAUUUUUUAUGCUCCCAAAUCAUUCUACUGAUGUGCUUGACUGAAGUGUGUAGGCUUUUUGCAGAAGAACUUACUAACUGACCUAUUUUCUGUGAACAUUUGUGACUGCCCAUUCUCCAUUGUCAUCUGUUUUUACCUUAGUUAGCAUUUUUCGUAUCAUUUUCUUCUUUCUUCCCCUCUUCUCCUUCAGACAUAACUUUCUGUUGAAGCUGUUCUUUGGCUGGUUGGUUUUAGUACUGUAAACUGCUUCUGAGCAAACACGGAAAUUUAGCAAAAUUAUGUAAACUUGAUCCUGAAGUUUUAGAAUGGCAAAUAAAUGUACAAUUGUUUACAUAACAGAAAAGGCUAAGCAGAAAGUAAAUUUCAAUAUGUCAGUAUAGAGGCUCUACUUUAUGUAGACUUAAAUUAAUGUGAGAUAUGUACCUUCAUAUUCAGCAAUCUGGAUGUUUCCUUCAUACAUUAAACUAUUAAUAAGCAUAACUUUUCUACUUGUGUAAUUUAAGCAUAAAGUAAAAUGAUGGGCAUUAUCAGUGGAUGUUUCCCUCUGUUAGCUCUUAAAACAUCCAUCUUGCUCCCUUUUAGGUUUGUUUGUAGCAAGGCAUAUAAAAGAAAUUUCUGAUUUUUCCAUGUCUUUAUUACAUUUGUCACACCUUCGAACUAAUACACACACACUCUUCAGUUUGGACUCUGUCUUUGCCACUGUUACUAGUAAGAUUCUCUUGCUCAAUAGUGAAAACACUCUGUAAAGCUUUUUAUCGUCGCGGCUACUACACAAAGGUGGAGCAUCUUCAGUGGCAUCAGUGGUUUCUUCUAACCAGAAAGCUUGAGACUUUGGAGAAACAUAAAAGCCACCACAGUUCUCAGUCAGCAUAUACUGUUUAUUUUUAAACAAUUCGGCAUAUUUUAUAUUGGAUAAUAUUGAGUCUUAACAUUGGCUUCCUGAUCAUAAAGAGUCAAAACAAAAUUUUCCUUUUUCAAGCAUCUUAUGUCUUAGGUUGAAAGGCUCCUUGCUCUCUGCACUUGUUGUAGCAAUGAAAAGGAUGAACAGCUAACUUGGGCCAAGUCAAAGAGUGUUUGGGUUUGUUAUUAAGACGAUUUUUAUGGUUGAUACACGAAUACAAGGAUUAUAAAGACUACAUUUAACCUGUUUAUAUGUGAUUCAGGGCCACACUAAACUACUCAGUGGGAAUUAUAUAUUCCAUCCACUUGAAACAAUAAACAAUAAUGUAUACAAGAA